AGAACACAUGUUGCUCUGAGACAGAAUCGUUUCACAACUCUUUUGUAAAACUAGUCAGUAAACAGGAAAAGCAAGAAACCAAAACUCAUUUCAUGUUUUCACCAGCACUAACCGGGUUCAUCUAGGGAAAGGGUCAAAAUUCUAUAUGUCCUUGAGGCUUUCAGGGUGGAGGGUGUCACACUCUGAAGUUCUGCUACAUUUUCCUGAUCAUUUGCUCACCACUGUGCUGAGCUUACAGGAUCGCGUGAGUCUUUCCCCCUCUUGGAUCUUUGCUCAUUUUUUUUUUAAAACAGGUGUGAACAGGAAGAUGUAAUCCCUUGAAAGGGAGUGCUCUUCUAUUUAAACCUGCGUUUAGAGGAAAAAAAACCAAAUGGCACAUCCGAUUUCUUUUUUUUGGAGAAGACAGCAGACAGAGCGUUUACCCAGGAGAAAGAGGGUUGAUUCGGAAUGAAAAAUUAUGGGGAUGCCGUGGCUUUUUUGGGGCAGUGGGGACGUUUCCAACAGGCCGUCUUCUUUCUACUCUGCGCCAGCAUCAUGCCCAAUGGAUUCGGAGCUUUCACUCUUGUUUUCAUGAAUGACAUCCCAAGUCACCACUGCCGCGUCCCAGAGAGCAACCUCACAGAGGAAUGGCUAACAAGUGUCAUACCACUCACAGAGGUGAAUGGAAAACAAGAGCUGAGCAAGUGCAGCAGAUACAGACUGGAUGUGGUCAGGAAUCUCUCCGCUCGUGGUUUUAUUCCUCACAAGGACAUCAACCUCAGCGACAUCGAGCUGGAGGGCUGUGUGGACGGGUGGGUCUACAGCAAAGACAUUUACCAGUCUACCAUAGUGACUGAAUUUGACUUGGUGUGCACUGAGCAAUGGAAGCAGCCAUUCACCUCCACCAUUUUCUUCGUUGGAGUUCUUCUGGGGUCAUUUUUCUCAGGACCACUGUCAGACAGAUUUGGAAGAAAACCGGUUCUGUUUGCAACAAUGGCAGCACAGACAAUUUUUACCUUUCUUUCAGUCUUCACAACAACAUGGAUUUGGUUUAUCAUCCUCCUCUUCAUCAACGGACUGGGGCAAAUAUCAAAUUUUGUUGCUGCUUUAGUUUUGGGUGCAGAGAUUUUCACCGGGAAUGUACGUGUCCUGUACUCAUCCAUGGGGACAUGCUGUGGAUUUGCUGUCGGCUACAUGUUGCUACCUCUCUGUGCUUACUUUUUGAGGGACUGGAAAUCUCUUCUCUUGGCUCUGUCUGUCCCUUGUGUGGCCUACAUUCCCCUUUGGUGGAUCCUCCCAGAGUCCCCUCGUUGGCUGCUAUCUCAAGGCAGAAUUGCUGAAGCUGAAGCUGUAGUGAAAAUGGCUGCUAAGUGGAACAAAGUUCAAGCACCAAGCAACAUCUUUGAAUGUAACUCUGUGGAGAAGACAGACACCCAGAAAGAACAUUAUAACGUGUUUGACCUGCUGAGGCACAGCAGGAUUCGAACCACAACACUCCUUCUCUGCUUUGUUUUGUUUACUCUGAUUACAGGUUACUAUUGCUUGUCCUUCAACACGUCCCAGCUCCACACUGACCCCUACAUCAGCUGUUUCAUCUCUGCACUGGUAGAGAUCCCAGCUUAUGCUUCCAGCUUUAUAGCUCUGCGAUAUUUUCCACGGCGGCUCUCUAUCAUCGUUUCAUUGAUCGCUGGAGCGGUGCCAUUGUACUUGAUUCCACUGGUGCCAGAACAUCUUUCCAGUUUGUCUCUCACUCUGGAGAUGGUGAGUAAAUACUCCUUCACCACUGGUGCCUCGCUGAUGUUUGCCUACACCACAGAGCUUUACCCAACGGUGCUCAGGAACACAGCAACAGGGACAACCACCACCAUCUCCAGGAUGGGGAGUUGCAUCACACCAUUCUUGUUAAGCUUAAGUGUACACUAUAAGUACCUGCCAUACGUCAUAUUAGCAACUCUGGCUGUGGUGACUGCCAUUUCCGCCUAUUUCCUUCCAGAGAGUUUCAAACUACCUCUGCCUGAAACUAUUGAACAAAUGCAUGAACGACAAAGGUAACAAUUUGUGUACUUUUCUCAAUAGCAUCUCAUUUUACUCACCUGUAGAAUUUGACUAAAUAAAAUACUUUCUUUUGUCAAUGUUUAGAUUAUUAAGCAGUUCUACAAUAAUGGGAUUGUAAUUGUGUUCCUACUUGUCAUGUGGUGUGGGUGGACAUAAAUUGGGAUUUGCUAAAAUAAUCCACAUCCUAAAAUAUUCUAAGCGUGACUGCACUGAGUAUUAAUCCUAUCACUAAGAAGGAAACAGGACUUCCCAGAAAAA